GUCCCCAACGCGUCCCGCCAGCCGGGGCAGAGGGCAGCGUGACUCACGGCGCUGCCACCAGCCCACGGCCUGCCCGCGAGUAUAAAGGCCGCCGGGCGGCGGGCGGCGAGCCGUGCCCGGGCCGAGGCGCGCAGAGCAUGGCCGGGGGCGCGGAGCGAGGCCGCGGGGGCGCCGGCUGCGGGCUGCGGGGCGCGCUGGCGGCCGUGGCGCUGCUGGCGGCGCUCAAUGCCGCGGGCACGGUGUUCGCGCUGUGCCAGUGGCGCGGGCUGAGCGCGGCGGUGCGGGCGCUGGAGGCCCAGCGGGGCCGCGAGCAGCGCGAGGACAGCGCCCUGCGCUCCUUCCUGGCCGAGCUGAGCCGCGCGCCGCCCCCGCCGCCCCCGCCGCCCCCGCCGCCCCCGGACCCCGCCGGCGCCGCGCGCAACAAGCGCAGCCACGGCGGGGAGCCCGCGCCGCACCUCCGCGCGGAGAGCCACGACAUGCUGAUGAUGAUGACCUACUCCAUGGUGCCGAUCCGAGUGAUGGUGGACCUCUGCAACAGCACCAAGGGCAUCUGCCUGACAGGACCACCUGGCCCACCAGGACCUGCGGGAGUUGGCGGGUUACCAGGACACAAUGGCUCAGAUGGACAGCCUGGCCCCCAGGGCCCAAAAGGAGAAAAAGGAGCAACUGGAAAAAGAGGAAAAAUGGGGCUGCCUGGAGUCACAGGAGCUCCGGGGGAGAAGGGAGACCGUGGUGAGCUGGGCUUGACUGGACAUGAGGGCCCAGCAGGGCCAAAAGGAGACAAAGGAGACAAAGGGGACGUGUCCAACGACGUGCUCCUCACAGGUGCCAAGGGUGACCAAGGCCCUCCUGGCCCCCCAGGACCCCCAGGCCCUCCAGGUCCCCCAGGACCCCCUGGAAGCAGACGAGCUAAAGGCCCUCGGCAGCCAAACAUGUUCAAUGGCCAGUGUACAGGUGAGACAUGUGUGAUACCAAAUGAUGACACCUUGGUUGGAAAAGCUGAUGAGAAAGUCGGGGAACACCAUUCUCCACUAGCAGAAUCCAUGAUCGCUUCCAUCGGAAGUCCGACACAAGUAUUGAAAGUUACAGAGACAUUUGGGACUUGGAUAAGAGAGUCUGCAAACAACAGUGAUGAACGGAUCUGGGUGACUGAACAUUUCUCAGGCAUCAGGGUGAAGGAAUUCAAAGACCAACCCUCACUCCUGAAUGGCAGUUACACACUCGUGCACCUCCCCUAUUACUUCCAUGGCUGCGGGCAUGCCGUUCAUAACAACUCGCUCUACUACCACAAAGGAGGCUCCAACACCAUAGUGAGAUUUGAAUUUGGCAAAGAAACAUCCCAAACUCUGAAGCUUGAAAACGCCCUGUAUUUUGAUCGAAAAUACCUCUUUGCCAAUUCCAAGACUUACUUCAAUUUAGCUGUGGAUGAGAAGGGCCUUUGGAUUAUCUAUGCUUCAAGUGUGGAUGGCUCGAGCAUUCUGGUCGCCCAGCUGGAUGAGAGGACAUUCUCUGUGAUGCAACAUAUCAAUACCACGUACCCCAAAACCAAGGCCGGCAAUGCCUUCAUUGCCCGAGGGAUCCUUUAUGUCACAGACACCAAGGAUAUGAGGAUAACAUUUGCUUUUGAUUUGUUAGGAGGGAAACAGAUCAAUGCUAACUUUGAUUUAAGAACUUCCCAGUCUGUUCUUGCCAUGUUAUCAUACAAUAUGAGAGACCAGUAUUUAUAUUCGUGGGAAGAUGGCCAUUUAAUGCUUUAUCCUGUGCAGUUUUUGUCAUCGGCAUUAAACCAGUGAUAAGAUUCACUCUGUUCGCCCUCAGUAACUUUCAGAUGUUCUCUGGCACCAUUUAUACCCCAACAUAAAUCUUGUCUUUAGGGUAACCAGGUAUUUAGCUGUAGUCUCAUGAGGUGAGUGUUGAUAUGGUCAGGGAUCCCCCUGCAGUUCAGAUUCCUUAGGGGUACAUAGCAAAGACUUGCAGUCAAAAUAGCUGAGAUUUGGCGAUUUCUCCACAGACUGGCUGGGUGAGUUACACCCCUUCCUCUUUAGGGCCUUAUUUUUCCUGACUGAUAAUAUGAAAGGGCUGGUGAGAAUGAUUAGCAAGAUUUCCUCUACCUGUAGGAAACUCUGUUGCUGCUCUCACAACUGUUACAUAUUUGAUUUUGUUUGGGGGUAUUUAGCCACAUGCUGAGCAAAUUUACCUUGGAGCUGAUAAGCCCGAUUGCUUGAGCAGUGAAAGCCUUAGUACUGACUUGUACUCAGUGUCUUGGGCGGCCGCACGGACCCUUUCAGGCUACGGAGGGACCUUAUUACCGUUACUUAUUACCUUUCUCUGCCUCUGCACCUGCCACCACAGCUCCAGAAUGAAAAUUACCCUCGGCUCCCGAUUGCGGCUCAAGAUAAGCAAAAGCCAGACACAGCUACGUGCUCAGGUUUGCUAAUGAAACGGGAACAGGCCCUUCAGGCUCCUGUCCAUCUCGGGUAGUGCUGAUUUGCAGCUGGGGGUAAAUGUUGACUCCUCAGGCCCCCCUAGCUGCUUCUUGCACUGCUACGCCUCUGCUCUCAGAGCACAAAAUAUUGUGUAAGGAGGCAUUCGUCUGGCUAGGACCAUGGGAAGCACUUUGUGGUUUUCGGGAGAGGUACCAUAUGUGGUUAUUAUCUAGAACAGGGACGGGCAAACUAUGGCCCUUCGGCCAAACUUGCCCACUGCCAGAUUUUGUCAGUUGCGUUGGAAUAGUUACAAGCAUUUGCUUGCGUAGCCCAGCUUGUAACUCCUUUUGCUCAGCAAUGGCAGAACUGAGUCACUGCAAAGAAUUUGAGCAGGGGCCUGCAAAGCCUGAAACGUUUACCCGCUGGCCCUUUACAGCAAACGUUUGCCGACCCCUGGUCUAGGAUGUAAAGUGAGCCUGACUGUUGGAAGGCUUAUUCACCGCGGGCUCUUUGUUAUGUUUUGUUUUAUUCCACCCUAAGAAGGAAUAAUUUAUAUGGUUUGAGUGUUUGGUCGAGGGGAAGGGUGAGAACAGUAUAAAAUUAAGGGGACCUCCCCAAAAGCAGUUUGUAAUCUGCUCUUUCCCUAAUAGGUUUUUUUUUUUCCUAGGUUUUAUUUAUUUAUUCAUGAGAGACACAGGGAGAGAGAGACACAGGCAGAGGGAGAAGCAGGCUCCAUGCAGGGAGCCCGACGACGUGGGGUCUUGAUCCCGGGUCUCCAGGAUCACACCCUGGGCCAAAGGCAGGCGCUAAACCGCUGAGCCACCCAGGGAUCCCACUGAUAAAGUUUUAAAGAAUAUGAUCUGGUCUCCUUGGACGCCAGGAGACAAAUCUAGCUUAACUUGCACCUGAAUACCCUAUGUUUCUGCCAAAUCAGUUCUUCAAACAUUCUGCAGCCUGGGGUCCAGGCAGGGCUGCUAAGAAGAGAGAGGAAUCUGGAGAGUUACUGGGUCCUACAGCGAGGAAGGGGGCCUAGGGAAAAUCUUACGCAAAGAUUUUUCAUCAAUUUGCCUUUACUGAAUUCAUGUGUGUGGAGGAGGAGAGCUACAUGCUCCGGGUUCCCCCCACCCCCCAUAAGUUUCAAUUCAUACUCGGUCCUGAGUUGGUGGCUUUAUACCUUAUUAAAAGAAGCAUUUUAAAACUUAGAGGCUUUACAGAUUUGAAUAUUUAAAUCCUCCUAACUCCUGAAAACACUUAGGCAGCUACUGGGGACUUCUUGUAUUCUCAAAAUAGCAGAUAUUUGAAAUUUGUUCUCCACUUUAUCACAUUGGUUGUGUCAUGUCAGCAUAGCUUUUUAAAAAACUCUUCGAAUUCAUGUUUUGUAACAAAGUAAAAUAGUUUCAUGUUUAAGAUCAA